CUCUUCCCUGCGCUUGAUAGUCACCAUGGCAACAAAAAGACGCCGUUCUUGGCCUAGCUGCCUUGAGGCGGCUUUUAGGACUGGCUUUCCAAGGGGUCCUCAGCUAACCCAAGAAAAAGUUUGGCUGCAAACCAAUCAAGCACCCAGGAAAAGUCUGCAACAUGACCCUAGUGGGGGUGCCCCGUGUCGUCCCCAGUGGGAAAGUCUACAGACAGAUAUUUGAUGAUGAGAUAAAUCUUGUGCGCACUCUGGGAGAGGCGAGAAGCAAGAUAGCCCAGCACAAGCUCCCACAGAUCCCAGGAACAAUUCCGCUGGUGAGGGAUGUGGAAACCUGCUCAGGCAAUGGGUUUUUAUCACAUCGUCAGCAGAUGUGGGUUGAGGGAAUGCCCAAUGAUGACAUCACUGAAAAUCCAGUGCAAUACAAAGAGGCUGCAACACUGGCAUUUUUAAAGACUCAAGAAAGUGAAAAUGUUAUUGCUGCCCGGGAAGUCCGAGGCCUUGCUGAAGUCAUAAUUCCUGAGAAGAAAAACAGUGACAUUGUGGAACGUAUCACAGAGAGCAGGAGGUGCCGUCACGAAGAGAUGGUGAUGACGCUGCGGCAGGAAUUGGCAUGCAUUGGGAAGGAAAUGGAGGUGUGUUUCUUGGAGCCUGGGAAGCUAUUUCUGACCAAGCUGUCAGAAUCCGAUCACACCAUUGAGUCCCUUUUCCAAGCUUCUGCUGAGAACCUCCACUUGGAGAAUUACACCAUGGAGGACUUCGAGGCAAUGUGGAACCUUGUCUCCAAGGAGACCUUAAAAAGAAGGCAGUGGAUUAGAGAGCUGGACAAAGCCUUACUCAAGGCAGAGGUGGAUCGAACUGAACGGAUCAAACUUUUGUUGAACAAAUAUAAUAAGAUCCUGGAUGACAUUUCCUAUUUCCUACCCUCUGAUGUCCACAGGAUAAUUCACAAGGAAGCCAUGAUGAUCAACCAAGCCCUGCUGGCUAAUCGGAGAGCAAUAGCCAAGCUGUUUGUCAACCUGAUGGAGGCAGAUCUGAAAGGAGACAUCUUCUAUCAUCGCAAACUGGAGGAGAGAAUAAAGACCUGGAGAGCCAAAUGGAAGCAGAACAUCAUUUACAGUUUCAGACAGUUCAUGGAAAGUGAAAGAAUACGGCACCCGACUGCUGUGAAUGUGGAGCUGGAGAGCAUGCUAAAAGAUCAAGAAUCACUCACUGAGAAGAGAACAGCACUGUUAUAUUCUCUGGGCAAUAUGCUGCCUUUGAUGCAAUCCAAGGCUGAAUUAAACGAGUGGUAUGAAUCUGUGGUGGCUUUAAAUAAGCAGAUAGAUACCCACAAUGUCCAAUACUUAAUGAAAAUCCGCCUCCAGUACGAGAAAGUUUGCCAGGAGUGUUUGUCAAAGGUGCAGGAGUGUAAGAACAAACUGAUAGAUAAGAAAAUCUGCACGGAAAAUGAGGCUGAAAGGAUUGUGAAUCCAAAUUUCUACCAGUUAGUUGGGAAGUUGCAGAGUCGGUUUGAACAGGAGGUAGAAAAGAUGGACGACCACUUAGAACAGUUGGUUAAGCACACAGAAAUCAACUGCAGGAACAUCUACCAGUACUUUCAGGAUGCUCUCACUCUCUUUGAUAACCACAAAUGCAGCCUUGUUCGUCAUGAAAACGAGCUUCACAGUAAAAUGAACGAAUGCCGGAACAAGCAUGAAAAUCUAAACAAGCUAAGGGAAGUUAAUCUGGAUGUGGCCGUGGACAAACUGAGGACCCAAAGUUCCGAUGAAAAACUGAAGGCCCAGCUGGAGAAGGUUUAUAAUGUUUUGGACUUCAUUCGAGCAGGAUAUACAACCUUCCAGCAAGAUCUCUUGACUAAAUUAUCCACUUAUCCAGAGUGUAUUUUACGCAGCCUGAAUUCUUACAGCACCUCUGUCAGCCGGUAUUUUAAUGUGCGUGAGGUCUACAAAGGGAAGCCAUUCAAGCGAACUGGGGAUAUGAGUGAAGAAGAGGAAGAAAUGGGGGAGGACGUCGAGGAAUCGGAAGGAAUGGAGGAGGGCUUCUCUGAGAACAAAGAAGAACAAGAAGAGGAAGAGGAACAGCAGGUGGAGGUGAACCCAGAAGCUGAGGAAUCCCAAACUGCCGUAGUGGGGGAUUCAGAGAGCUCUGCUCCAGAAAGCGAUGGAGCAACCAUCCCCAGAGACAGGGGCAGUUUUGUCCUGGAAAGUGACAAUGUGGAGAAAUCCGAUGAAAGGAGCAGUUCUACUAUACAAGAGGCUGUUGAGGUCCGUGAUGUGGAAGAUGCCACAGCACCAGCAUCUGUAAGGUUCUCUAGGUCACCGUCACGCCAGAUAGAAAUGAAUGCUGAGUUCUUCACUACAUCCAGUGGAAACACUUACAAGGUCGCUCUGAACUUACCAAAGCUUAAAAUCAAGAAAUCUGAGAAAUAUUAUGUGGGGAAACUGAAGGCGAAUUUGCUGCCCUCCUACCUGGAGCAAGUGUACCUCUCUGAGAGUUUCUUUACGGAUGUGAGAAGGCAAAUCCGGCUGCAGUUUUUUGAACACCUGGAGAACUGGUAUGCUGAGACAUUGUCCAAGGCCUGGGUCAUCGUGGACUCCAAGAAAGAAGAGAUCAGCUCUGAAGUGCAGCUGCGCGCUCACCUUCAUGAGCCAAGGCGGGAGCGCAUCGAGAAGGAUAUCUACGAUGUCAGAAUGGCGGAGCUGCGAUUUCACAACGAUCGCUUACUGCGACACUGCAGUGGUGUGGUGGAGGCCCUGAAUAAAGAAAAAGCCGCCUUCUCCAGGCUCCGAGAAGACCAGAACCGUGUCAGCAAGACUUUCCGGCAGAAGAUCCAAGACAUGGAGAACAUAUUCCUGACGGAGACCAGGGCAGACAAGCUGUUGGCUCUCAGCAGCAAUAUGCGCACUGAGCUGAUUGACCAUGUGGAGGUGAUGCAGCUCUCCCUUCGGAGCUACAGGCAGUACUUGGAAGAAGCACUAGGGAAGCUGCGAGAGACAAACACUGCCUUCCUUAAAGCGUGCAGAUUAUUUGCCGACGGAGGGAAUUUUUCUCCUGAGGAACUAGAUGGCUUCAUCAAGCGCCUGCACAAGGAGAGUGGGCGCAUUGAGUUUGUCGAGGGCUUGAUCAUGAUUGACCUGGAGAAGAUGGAGUCUUCUUACCUGGAGCAGGCUACAGAGGUCAUCAACAGAUAUGAAAACAAGUUUCGUUAUCUGGCACUCGACCGGCUCUUCAUAGAGAAAAUCCAACGGUUCCUGACGAACACUCAAGUGAAAAUCAAGACAGAGGUGGCAAAAUCCAAUUGGCAGACCCAGACGUUAAACUCUUACAUGGAGAAACUCACCAGAAGGAUUGAUGCUUGUACCCAUCCCACUGCAGAUAAGGAAUCUGUAACUUCAGAAGCACUCUAUGAGUUUGCCAAGUUUGUGAUGGAAGAACUGAAGAAGAGAAGCAUGUAUCUCAAUUGCCUGCUUGAACUGGACCCUGUGUUCUCUUAUGUACAAGACCCCACAAUCCCUACCUCCAUGACAACCUCCAUCCAAUCAGACAGCAUGCUGCAGGAGAGCAAGACAUUUGUGAUGGGUGUUGAAUGCACAUCACUGUUGAACCCAAGCCGGAUGGGGAAGCCGGCCUUUGAUGAUGCAGCAAUUAGUGUGAUCAAGCACCUCAUUGGAUCCCAUCGCUCCAGAAGACUGACAGAUGCUAAUCAGGAGAAAGAGCGCUUGCAGUCCGCUGCAACAGGAACAGGAACAGAGCUUAUGCCAAAACCAUUUUCUCCAGCGUUCUCUGGUGGAGUCUCCCAUCGCGAAAGCACCCAUGUUCAAACCAACUUGUCUCUCACGUCUGCACGGAAAUCUAGUUCCUUUGGCAAGCGGGUGUCAGGAAGUGUCAGCUCCAUACAGAGAUAUACAAAAACCACUCGGGUUGAGAGGAAGAUGCAGAUCUUUGGAGACAAGCCGCAAGACAAUGAUUCUGAACAUUUGAAAGGGAUUAUCUUCGGCAUCCUGUGGGACAACUUUGAUAUUAUUAUGAAUUCUGCAGAGGAAUUCUACAAAAAGGACAAGCAUCAGAUUACUCAGCCAGAAUACUUGCAAGAAACCUAUGAGUUGUGUGUUGACGUGUUGGGGCAAAAGCUUCUGAUGUAUUUACUGCAGGUAGACGAGUAUCGUGUAGCCUGCAUUUCUGAGUUCCGGGAUCAGCUGAAGAGCUUUGAGGAGCAGCUCCCUCACAUUGUUCGGCUGGUUAUUGGCAAACUCCACCAAGAUCAUGAGCAGCUCUUCAAGGAUUCCAUGGAGCAGAUACGGCACAACCUACAGGAACAGAUGCAGAAAUGGGACAUUGCAAAGGAGAAGAACAAGCACAAGCUGCGACCGACUCUGGGCCACCCUGACAAUCUGCCCGUGCUGGAGGCUCUGUGCCAAGAGGAGGAGGAAAGACAGAAGGAGCAGGCCAAAGGGAUCCAUCUAUCCACCAAGCAGCAAGAGGACUGUGUCAUCAACUGUGCCCAGAGAUUUGUCUCCAGCUUGGCCGCCACCACGGAAAAGAUGCUUGUGGAGAUGGAUGGCAGCCUCACCGUUGACGAUGUGGAGCAGGGAAAGGUGGAAGUCUCCCGGGAGAAGACCUGUACCUUGAUCCGUCGCAAGAAAGCCGGCCUUUCCUUAGAAACAGAAGCAUACAAGCUGGUGGCUGAGCGGGGAAGCAGGACCUGGCCUGGAAUCCCAAGAACUACCUUGGCGUGUCUUCCAAACCAGAUCAUCUGUCGAGAAACAACCUCACUGACGACAUCCAAGACCACCCUGGGUCACAUGGCAGCGAUGGAAAAACGGGAUGCUGUUUAUGUGCGAUUCAAGGAACUGUUGGAGGUGGAAUUUGCCAGGAUUAAAAAGGAGAAAACAUCCCUUCUAAUGAAGGCCCAGCACUGGACAGACUGGUGGAAGAAGUCAGUGCAGAAGAUCAAGCAGCUCUACGCAUGAAUCUGCCACACUUUUCUGCCUUCAUGCAUUCUCAUUUCUCUCUCUGUAAGCAAUAUACGCAUUCACAUGUUCUCAUUUCUCCCUCUGUAAGCAAUAGAUUCCCUCCCCCCUUGAGUAAAUAUAUUAUUUAGCAACCAAGUCGUCCUUGUUUUUUUAACACCCUGGGUUAACUGGUGAGGAACUGCAAAUGGCACUUUCAAUCAGCUGUCAAGAAGUUGAAAAUCUUGACAACACUUCAGAAGGGUUCCCAGAGGAACAAAGAGGCUGCUUUACACC